GAAGUGGCUGCAGCCGGCGGGCCGAAAGCAGACUACACGCUCGCUCGGGGUUUUUCUAACUAAUGCAUUCAGACGGUGUGUCUGCGCUGUCAGAUUCAAACUUCAUGCUUUUAUGUUCAAAACGGUAAAGUGAACGGCGUCUUCGGCAGCCUACAAAUGGAUAGGGGCUACAGGACGAAAUGAAAUCGGCUUGCCAUGUUGCCGCCCCUUUGUAAGCAGGCACUCCGGGUGAACGCCGACGUCACAUAAUGGAUUGACUGACACUGGCAGCUUCACAUCUACCCCGUACAUAUACUCAUCACAAAAUGAUGGGAUCGCGAGUCGCGGAGGUAACCGCAGUCAGAGGGACGCCCUGGGACCCAGCCUCGAGGAUCUCGCAGACACACGUCGUCGCUCUCCCGUAGCUCGCUGGGGAAUAAAUGAGUUGUGGUGCUGAGGACAGCAGGGCUGGGACUCGCACCAGAGCCUGUGCAGGAUGUCCUGGUUCAGUGGCAUCCUGGUAGCCAGAGUGGACGACCGCAAAACGGCUUGGGGGGAACGCAAUGGGAAAAAAUCUAAGCGGAAAGGCGGCUCGUCGCUGUGCAACCCGCGCUACAUGAGCUGCCUGCGGGACCCCGAGGCAAUGGAGCCGCCCCCCCAGGCACCCCAGCACCAUCACCCUCGUGGAGGAGGAGGCGCUGGCGGAGGGGAGAAGUUUGGCGUCCGCUGCGGCUGGCAGGAGGACCACUACAGGAAGAAGGGCGGUGCCGUGGAGGUGGGGCUGAAAUCAGUGGACCUGGGCUUCGAGGACGGCGACGCCAAGGUCCGGAAGGGUGGCUGGGACGGAGCGGAUGAGGGGCCGGCCAGCGAGGGCGUAGCGACGGCCGCCGACUGCUGGCAGCGGGUCGUGCACGUGUUCCAGUCCAAGAAGUUCCAGUCAGGCAAGCUGGAGCGGCUCUACCAACGGUAUUUCUUCCGACUGAACCAGAGCUCACUGACCAUGCUGAUGGGCGUACUGGUGCUGGUGUGCGGCGUCAUGCUGGCCUUCCACUGCGCCCACGCCGCCCCGGACGUGGCCUACGUCUUCGUGCUCUCCGUGGCCAUGGCCCUUUUCCUGGCCCUCAUGGUGGUGUGCAACCGCAACGGAUUCCACCAGGACUACAUGUGGAUCGUCAGCUACCUGGUCAUCGGCGUGCUCUUCGCCGUGCAGGUCUUCGGCGUGCUGCGUGUGGCACCGCGCACCGCCUCCGAGGGUAUCUGGUGGUCCGUCUUCUUCAUCUACAUCAUCUACACGCUGCUGCCCGUCCGCAUGCGUGCCGCCGUUCUCAGCGGCGCCGUGCUCUCUGCCAUCCACGUCGUCACCGCCUGGAGGCUCAACGCCGACGAGACCUUCCUCUGGAAGCAGCUGAGUGCCAACGUCUUGAUCCUUCUGUGCACCAACAUCAUCGGGAUCUGCACGCACUACCCGGCCGAGGUGUCGCAGCGCCAGGCUUUCCAGGAGACCAGGGGCUACAUCCAGGCCCGGCUACACCUGCAGAGGGAGAACCAGCAGCAGGAGCGCCUGCUGCUGUCCGUGUUGCCAAGGCACGUUGCCAUGGAGAUGAAGGCUGACAUCAACGCCAAGAAAGAAGACAUGAUGUUCCACAAGAUCUACAUCCAAAAACACGACAACGUCAGCAUCCUGUUCGCCGACAUCGAGGGCUUCACCAGCCUGGCGUCGCAGUGCACCGCCCAGGAACUCGUUAUGACCCUCAACGAGCUGUUUGCCCGCUUCGACAAGCUGGCUUCGGAGAACCACUGUUUGCGUAUCAAGAUACUGGGCGACUGCUACUACUGCGUGUCCGGUCUUCCGGAGCCCCGGGCCGACCACGCCCACUGCUGCGUGGAGAUGGGCGUCGACAUGAUCGAGGCCAUAUCGCUGGUCCGCGAGGUGACGGGCGUCAACGUCAACAUGCGCGUAGGCAUCCACAGCGGCCGCGUGCACUGCGGCGUCCUCGGCCUGCGCAAGUGGCAGUUCGACGUCUGGUCCAACGACGUCACCCUGGCCAAUCACAUGGAGGCUGGCGGCAAAGCGGGACGCAUCCACAUCACAAAGGCCACAUUGCAGUAUCUGAAUGGGGACUACGAGGUGGAACCGGGCUUCGGGGGAGAAAGAAACGCCUACCUGAAGGAGCACAGCAUCGAGACCUUCCUGGUGCUGGGCUGCAGCCAGAAAAGGAAGGAGGAAAAGGCCAUGAUGGCCAAGAUGCAACGGAACCGCGCCAACUCCAACGAAGGCCUGGUGCCCCGCUGGGUUCCUGACAGAUCCUUCUCCAGGACCAAAGACUCCAAGGUCUUCAGGCAGAUGGGCAUUGAUGAGACGUCAAGCAAAGACAACCGCGGCGUCCAGGAGGCCAUGAACCCCGAGGACGAGGUCGACGAGUUCCUGGGGCGAGCCAUCGACGCCCGCAGCAUCGACCAGCUCCGCAAGGACCACGUGCGCAAGUUUCUUCUCACCUUUCAGACGUCUAGCCUGGAGAAGAAGUACUCUAAGAAGGUGGACGAUCGCUUCGGGGGCUACGUGGCCUGUACUCUGCUAGUGUUCUGCUUCAUCUCCUUUAUCCAGAUUGUCAUCUUCCCACACACCCCGCUCAUGCUGGGCAUUUAUAUCAGCAUCUUCAUCAUCCUGGCCAACAUCCUCUUCGUCUGUGCCAUCUACUCCUGCAUUAAGCUGUUUCCAGCUGCUAUGCAGACCGUGUCGAAGAAGAUAGUUCAGUCUCGCACCAACAGCACCCUGGUGGGGGUCUUCACCAUUAUCCUCGUUUUUAUCGCUGCCUUCGUCAACAUGUUUACCUGCAACACGGAGAGUCUGGUGGACUGUCUGGCCCGCGAACACAACACCUCCAGGGACCAGAUGACCCUGUGUCUGAUCCAAAACCUGUCCGCCUUAACAAGAGAGGGGCUGGCUCUGUGCCCUGGCCAGACGCACGCCUGCCCGUUCCCCGAGUACUUCAGCUACAGCGUGCUGCUCACCCUGCUGGCCUGCUCAGUCUUCCUCCAGAUCAGCAGCAUCGGCAAGCUGGCCCUCAUGUUGAUCAUACAGCUCAGCUUCCUGCUGCUGGUCGAGUGGCCCCAGGCGGCUCUCUUCGACAACGCUGACCUGCUGGUCACAGCCAACUCCCUGCCCAGUUUUAACGAGACUACUGACCAAUGCCCAUAUAGUGUGACCAAAGUGUCCCUUAAGGUUAUGACCCCAGUCAUCUUGACCGUCUUUGUGCUGGCGCUGUACCUACACGCCCAGCAGGUGGAGUCCACAGCCAGACUCGACUUCUUAUGGAAACUGCAGGCCACCGAAGAAAAGGAGGAGAUGGAGGAGCUGCAGGCCUACAACCGGCGACUCCUCCACAACAUCCUGCCCAAGGACGUAGCCGCCCACUUCCUGGCCCGCGAGCGCCGCAACGACGAGCUCUACUACCAGUCGUGCGAGUGCGUGGCCGUCAUGUUCGCCUCCAUCAGCAACUUCUCCGAGUUCUACGUGGAGCUGGAGGCCAACAACGAGGGCGUGGAGUGUCUGCGGCUCCUCAACGAGAUCAUCGCCGACUUCGACGAGAUCAUCAGCGAGGAUAAAUAUCGACAGCUAGAGAAGAUCAAAACCAUCGGCAGCACCUACAUGGCGGCCUCUGGUUUGAACGACUCCACCUACGACAAGGAGGGCCGCUCGCACAUCAUCGCCCUGGCCGAUUAUGCCAUGAGGCUGAGGGAGCAGAUGAAGUACAUCAACGAGCAUUCCUUCAAUAAUUUCCAGAUGAAGAUCGGUCUGAACAUCGGGCCUGUGGUGGCUGGAGUCAUAGGUGCUCGGAAGCCACAGUACGACAUCUGGGGGAACACCGUCAAUGUGGCCAGUCGCAUGGAUAGCACAGGGGUUCCCGACCGCAUCCAGGUGACCACAGACCUAUACCAGGUGCUGGCCAAUAAAGGCUACCAGCUGGAGUGUCGCGGUGUCGUCAAGGUCAAAGGGAAGGGCGAGAUGACCACCUACUUCCUGAAUGACGGGCCCCCGAGCAGUUAGCAGCGAGUGCCGGAGUUCCCGCCCCGGACAGAAUAACACAGCCAGAGGGAGACCCCCCACCCACCCCCAACCCCCCACAAGUCAAGCAGCAGCGAGCGCAGAAGACAGGCAGCCGUGUGAUCACUUGAACAAAAUAAUAAUAAUAACGAAUAAAGACUUGGGAGACUCACCGAGCGCCGAGGAGCAAGUCGCGGGUGUGACACUCGUUACGGUCUGCACACGUCGAAGGAAGAUUGUUCUUGUUUAAAAGCCUCCGUCCAUCCCAAGCGACUUGAAAGAUAUAAAGUCUAUUUAAUGAAGGGCCUUUGGCCUUGGAAGGAAAUUACUGUACAGACGGUUACUUUUUUUGUCCAUUUUUUUAGUUAUGUUUGUUUCAGAAGUAUUUAAAUGCGAGUACUUCUCUUCCAUUUCUGGAUAACUUAUUUAUUUUAGUCAGGAUGUCCUUCAUGAAUAAGCUUUCUUGUGUACCAUACCACACACUGAUCUUUUUUUAAUAUUGACCAAAGAGCAAAUUAUUUAAUGGAAACAAAUAUAACACAUAUUUAAAUUCCUUUGAAAUAAUCUCUGUAGUUAUGAUUCCUAUAAAUACGAUCUUUUUUUUUUUUUGGGCUGGAUUUUUUUUUCUUGUUGAAUUUUUUGCAAUUUUGCAACAAAAAAUUGCCUCCUAUCCCACGCUGUCAAUGAAGACUCAGCUAAUCCUACUUCUUCUUUUGUUUUGUUUUUUUGUUUUUAUCGACUCCCUGUAGCGAACAGGGAACCCACCAAUCAGCGCAUUUGAAUCUCCUCCCCCUCCGGGUUUAAAAAAAAUAUGAGGAAUAGUCUGAAGCCUUGUGUCACAGGCCGUCUCCCCCAGGGGUGACGCUGUCUGUGCCACACGCCGGCCCCCGCCAGCCACCACCCAAGUCCCUUUCUUUGGCCAUGGCGAUAUAUACAAACGGAAGGCUCCGCCCUUAUUCGUUCGCCACUAACUCUCCGUUACGUUUCUUCUCUUUCAAAGAAGUAUUUUUGGUACAAAGCAGAGCGACCUGUGCAGAAUUAAACAAAGUUAUGGAAAGCUAUGGCUCUGGAUACCGUGGUACCAGACAGUCACGUUUUAUGUUUUCAGAAAAGACUUUUUUACGAAAGAAAUAUAAAUUAUGACUGAAUACUGUGCUUUAUAAUCUUCAAGGGGCAUAACUCUUUUCACUGUGAGGUUUUAUGAUUAAAACGAAUUGCUUUCUUGCCAAAUUUACUGCUCUAAAGCAUGUCUGAUCGUGGUAUAUUUUUGUUUGUUCCUUGUUUUAACGUUGGAUAUUUUUAUCACCGCUGUAUUUACCUUUUAAUUGUUCUUAUUACUGUUGUUAUAAUUCCAUUCCAACUGAAGUGACCCGAGAUCCGAACGCUUUUUUUUUUUUUCUCUCACGGCAAGUCGUGUGUAAGCACAAGCUUGUUAGUACUAACUGGUCAACUGGCGUCAGUAAUAAAAUAAACCAGUCAGGCGCUGGGUCUGUGAUACUUUAGGCGCUGGCUUUCAUUAUGCAUAGCUGAGUUCAUGUCGAAAUUUCGUAACAGACGAAAAAUGCCCAGUAGCCUCUGUUUGCUCUGCCCUACCCUGAAAUGUUCUUGGCGAUACAUCUGGCCGUACUUUGUUCGUAAUGCAGUGCUAAUAUAGUGCUUAAAGAUAAAUGGUAACGGAAGAUUGAAGGAAAAAAAGAAUCAUAGUCGCACCUGUAGUAUGUGUAAACCUUUCCAGAAAAUUACGUUGCCUUAAACGAGCACUGCAUUUCGGAACCCCUACGGAGGACUCCCAUUGGGUUCCUGUGUGACUUGUCGUAAGUACGUAAAGGUGUGUGUUGUGGCUGAGGCAUAGGGGUGCCGGCGUGCCGCGGCACCUUGCAAGCAGUCGUCGUGGUGUCCACUCACAGUCCCCCAUCGGUUUGGGAUGCUACGUCUCCACAGUGCUCCUGCCUGUUCUCCAGUGGCUGUGUCACACUUUGCCCGUAAAAACAGCUCUGAUUGUUGUGCAAGCAGUUGAUCAGAUGUCCAACCUUGUACCCCAUGCAUUUUUUAUUAGUAGUUUUGGUUCCCUCCCUUUUUUGGGGGGGGGGUAUGAUUUUUGCCCCCGCACAUGAAGGAGAAGCCAGGAGGACCUCGCUCGCCGGUGUGGCUAUAAAGGCGGAGCUUCGGGGGAGAUGAGGGUGGCUGCGUCUAUGGGAAGGUCGGGGAUUCACACAGGGCCGUGAACCACACGAGCCGGGCCCCUCGUACCACACGAGCCGGGCCCCUCGUACCACACGACUCGGGGCCCCGCAUAAUUGACUGUGGUGUCAAACGCUUUUAUGGAUUCUGCUGUCCUGUCUCAGAAUCUAAGGACGAUGAGAAGAGGCUGGCUUUCCAAUUUUUAAAAAAAGACAAAGUGAAGAAACAAUUCAUUUUAAAACAGAAAGGUAAAGAAUAAUAAAUGGCUGGUUUAAUUAUUA